AUAGUCAAGCUGAACACAACAGAUAGGCAUCUGAACCACAGAAGAGUGAACUCUCCAUUGACAAUGAGCGGCAAGUUGACCCCUAGCACUCUCCUCACCUGCAAGACCACCGGCAUGAAAAUGCCAAUAUUUGGUCUGGGCACUUUUCAAAUGAACAACGAACCCAUGGUGAAGGCCAUGAAUAGGGCUCUAGAGUUGGGGUAUCGGGUGUUUGAGUCGGCCCUCCUCUACAAGAAUGAGAACAUUAUCGGCCAAGUGCUCAAGGAAUGGUUUGACAGCGGCAAGCUGAAGAGAGAAGAUGUCUUCGUAAUCACGAAGUUGCCAGGCACCUACCUGAGACCUGAGGAUGUCCGAGAUGCAAUAGAUCAGCAGCUGAAGGACCUGCAGUUGACCUACGUUGACCUGUACCUGAUUCAUCAUCCCGUUGGAGUGCAGAGAGCAAACAUUGGGCAGACCGCUGGAGGUGUUGCUAACCACAGAGCCAUGGUGUUGGAUAUGAGCACUGACUUGGUAGCUGUUUGGAGGGAGAUGGAGAAACUGGUAGAUCAGGGACUGACGAAAUACAUCGGGCUGUCGAACAUGAACGUCAAGCAGGUUGAGAGGAUCUACCAGAUCGCCCGCAUCAAGCCGUCUAACUUGCAGAUAGAGCUGCAUGCUUAUCUACACUGCAACGAAGAACAGCAACUUUGCAAAAAGCUUGACAUGACUCUUACAUCAUACGCCACUCUUGGCUCUCCAGGCCUGGCCAAGGGAGCAUUCGAUGGAUCCGAGACUCCUGUAAUAAAUGACCCACUGUUGAAGAAGAUAGGCGGCAACUACAAUAAGUCUCCGGCGCAGGUGCUGAUCCGCUACCUCCUACAACUGGGAAUCGCUGUCAUUCCGAAGAGUGUAAACCCUGAUCAUGUCAAGGAGAACAUUGAGGUGUUUGGCUUUGAGCUGUCGAAUGCUGAUAUGCAGCAGCUGAGAGGUCUGGAGAAGGGAGAAGCAGGAAGACGAUUUGUUCUCAGCCAAAUGAUGGUUCACCCAGAGUAUCCAUACGCUAAAAAUUAAGUGAUGAUAGAAGAUUUUAAUACUAAACGAUAAAAUAAAAACAGCUACAUCUG